GGCGACCCCGGCGGGCUGUAGCCCGCGGCGCGCGCGCGCGCGCGGGGGGCGGGGGCGCGCGGAGGGGGGGGGCUGCCCCGGGGCGGCCCCCCCAGGUCGGGGAGCGGCGGGCGGCGGCGGCGGGCGCGCGUCCCGUCCGGGUCCCGAGUCGCCGCCGCCGCCGCCGCCGCCGCCACCACUCGCCAACAUGGCGGACCUGGAGGCCGUGCUGGCCGAUGUCAGUUACCUGAUGGCCAUGGAGAAGAGCAAGGCCACCCCGGCCGCCCGCGCCAGCAAGAGGAUCGUCCUGCCCGAGCCCAGUAUCCGGAGUGUGAUGCAGAAGUAUCUCGCAGAGAGAAACGAAAUAACCUUUGACAAGAUUUUCAAUCAGAAAAUUGGUUUCUUGCUAUUUAAAGAUUUUUGUUUGAAUGAAAUUAAUGAAGCUGUACCUCAGGUGAAGUUUUAUGAAGAGAUAAAAGAAUAUGAAAAACUUGAUAAUGAGGAAGAUCGCCUUUGCAGAAGUCGACAGAUUUAUGAUGCCUACAUCAUGAAGGAGCUUCUUUCCUGUUCACAUCCUUUCUCAAAGCAAGCUGUAGAGCACGUGCAAAGUCAUUUAUCCAAGAAGCAAGUGACAUCAACUCUUUUUCAGCCAUACAUAGAAGAAAUUUGUGAAAGCCUUCGAGGUGACAUUUUCCAAAAAUUUAUGGAAAGUGACAAGUUCACUAGAUUUUGUCAGUGGAAAAACGUUGAAUUGAAUAUCCAUUUGACCAUGAAUGAGUUCAGCGUGCAUAGGAUUAUUGGACGAGGAGGAUUCGGGGAAGUUUAUGGUUGCAGGAAAGCAGACACUGGAAAAAUGUAUGCAAUGAAAUGCUUAGAUAAGAAGAGGAUCAAAAUGAAACAAGGAGAAACAUUGGCCUUAAAUGAAAGAAUCAUGUUGUCUCUUGUCAGCACUGGCGACUGUCCUUUCAUUGUAUGUAUGACCUAUGCCUUCCAUACCCCAGAUAAACUCUGCUUCAUCCUGGAUCUGAUGAACGGGGGCGAUUUGCACUACCACCUUUCACAACACGGGGUGUUCUCUGAGAAGGAGAUGCGGUUUUAUGCCACGGAGAUCAUUCUGGGCCUGGAGCACAUGCACAAUCGAUUUGUUGUUUACAGAGACUUGAAGCCAGCAAAUAUCCUCUUGGAUGAACACGGACACGCGAGGAUAUCGGAUCUUGGUCUUGCUUGUGAUUUUUCCAAAAAGAAGCCUCAUGCGAGCGUUGGCACCCAUGGGUACAUGGCUCCGGAGGUGCUGCAGAAGGGGACGGCGUACGACAGCAGUGCCGACUGGUUCUCCCUGGGCUGCAUGCUUUUCAAACUUCUGAGAGGUCACAGCCCUUUCAGACAACAUAAAACCAAAGACAAGCAUGAGAUUGACCGGAUGACCCUCACCGUGAAUGUGGAACUUCCAGACGCCUUCUCUCCUGAACUGAAGUCCCUUUUGGAGGGCUUGCUGCAGCGAGACGUUAGCAAGAGGCUGGGCUGUCACGGAGGCGGCUCACAGGAAGUAAAAGAACACAUCUUUUUCAAAGGUAUUGACUGGCAGCAUGUCUACUUACAAAAGUACCCCCCACCCUUGAUUCCUCCCCGGGGCGAAGUCAAUGCUGCUGAUGCCUUUGAUAUUGGCUCAUUUGAUGAAGAGGAUACCAAAGGCAUUAAGCUGCUUGAUUGCGACCAAGAACUCUACAAGAACUUCCCUCUGGUCAUCUCCGAACGCUGGCAGCAAGAGGUCACGGAAACCGUUUAUGAAGCAGUAAAUGCAGACGCGGAUAAAAUUGAGGCCAGAAAGAGGGCUAAAAAUAAGCAGCUUGGCCACGAAGAAGAUUACGCUCUGGGGAAGGACUGCAUUAUGCACGGGUACAUGCUGAAACUGGGAAACCCAUUUCUGACUCAGUGGCAGCGGCGCUAUUUUUACCUCUUUCCAAAUAGACUUGAAUGGAGAGGAGAGGGAGAGUCCCGGCAAAAUUUACUGACAAUGGAACAGAUCCUCUCUGUGGAAGAAACUCAAAUUAAAGACAAAAAAUGCAUUUUGUUCAGAAUAAAAGGAGGGAAGCAAUUUGUCUUGCAAUGUGAGAGUGAUCCAGAGUUCGUGCAGUGGAAGAAGGAGUUGAACGAAACCUUCAAGGAGGCGCAGCGACUGUUGCGUCGCGCCCCGAAGUUCCUCAACAAACCUCGGUCCAACACCGUGGAGCUCUCGAAGCCCUCCCUCUGUCACAGAAACAGCAAUGGCCUCUAGCACCUAGCCACAGGGAGGGUCCUUGAGGAGGACACACCAGGCUCUCAGCCUUUUGGGGUGAAUGAGGAUGAGACGUCUGACCUAUUCACUACUGGGACUCCUGCAGGCUCCCGAGCGGAGUCGGGACGCUUCGGCUUGGGGUCAGCCCGGCUCCCUGCCUUGUCACAUCUGUCCCCAGGCAAAACUACUGAAGAAAUAAAAAAUCUUUUUCUCUGCUACACACUUUGGUACCUAUGAACCUAGAACUUGAAGUGACUCCUCCUUACCACGUGAAUUUUUCUGUCUGAUAUCAGACACUUCUAAGACUUUCCAGACUGGACUUUGAAGAUGUUCAGUGUGAGGUCACACAUUGCCCAAAGCACUGCCGACUUUUAUCCCUACUCACUGCUGAUUUUCUAGGUCUUUGCUCCGUACUACUGGGGGAUGGGAGAGCCACGGUACGUUCCGUGCACCUCACCACUGACUUCGUGUCCUGGGGUUCAAAGUUGAAGAUAUUUUCUGAUGAUCUUAGAAGCUGAAGAUCUUUCUGCGCACGGGCCCUCCUGGGAACUGCACCCACACGACUGCCCUGCCUCUGACCAGUCUGUUCCGGGGCCCCCUCAGCCAGGUGGGAAUGACGGAGACAUCAUCUCCAAGUAGCUGGGAUUAACUACUCACUGAAGGCAUUUGUCCAUCCAUCGUUGGAAAGAUUGACACUGCUUCUGAAGGACAGGCAGUGGAGUUUUAGGUUUCAGGGGCAAAGAGCAUUUUUCAAAAGCCUUUGAGUCCGGUGCACGCAAGUCAGCGAGCCGUACCUGGCGUGCAGGAACACUUGUGGGUGAGUCGGUCUCGGGUCUCCACCAUUAGUAAUUGUGUGACAGUCCUUGUGGUUCCUUCUGCCUGACCCUGGGAGACAUAUCAGGAAUGGGUGUGCAAAAGCAGGUCUGUUUUACGUCUUAGUAUGAUUCAAGAUGAAUUGUAUUGAAAAAAAUGCCGAAGAAUGAAUGUCAAAAUGGGUUAACUGUA